AUGAACCUGCUUGAGAAGGUGGGUGACUUCAUAGCAAAGCGAGGGGAGGACCUCCACCAGCAGAUCUCCGGCAAGCGCAUCUUCUCGGCACACAUCACAAAUGCCACGAAAAAGGUGCUGGAAGUGCAGGGAAAGCCGAUGGUCGAGGUGCUGCUUGCACCAGCCUUGAGCUUGCACAUCUUCGAGGCCAGCAAAGUCGCAGAGAUGUGUGAGUUUGCAAAGACGGAGUUGCUGAGCGGCGCGCUGUUCAUCGAGGCAGAAGUGUUGAUUGUGCGGCUCGGACAACCAAAGGGCCGCUCAUUCGUGGCAGGAGACUGGGUCUCUGUGGAGGAAAUUGAAUUAAGAGCCGGUUGUGGCAUUCUGCAAGUCGCAGAAGCGCUGGCCACCUGCAAACGCAAAUGCCGGCACAAAGAGCGAGCCUGCGGCAACUGGGUCCCGCGGAACAACAUUGGUUUCGAGACCAACGAGCUCGUGCGCUCCUGUGUCGAUGCUUCUUGCCGCGCAUCGAUCAUCAGGACUCGCCUGUUUGGGCGGCUACUUGAGAAAUGCAGCCCUGAAGCAGCUGAACCCCUCAGGGCCUAUUUAAGUGCACACCCGCUCUCGAGAAGGUGCUGCUCCUUGAAACAGUCGAGGGCAGUGGAGGCAACUCACUUUGAGGUAUUCUCUGCGGAGUUGUUUGACAAUCUGGAUCCUGACACACGUGCGCAGAGCGUAGUGGAGUCGCUGGGGUACAGCUCGGGAGACUACAGGAGCCUGUCAACGAACUCGAAGUCUGGAGAGUUCUUCUUUCUAUCGCACGACAAGAAGUAUCUGGUCAAGACAGUUUCAGAGGACGAGGGCAUGCUCCUCUUCCGAAUGCUUCCAGGAUACCAAAAUCACAUACACUCCACGCCAACGUCUCUGAUUGUUCGCUUUGCCGGCCUGUACUGCGUGACAGUUUCCGGAGGCGUGCUGCGCUAUUUCAUCAUCAUGAAGUCCGUUUUUGAUCCCGGAUUUGAAAUUCAUGCGAACUAUGAUCUGAAGGGAUCCCUUUAUCAUCGCAAGAAGAAGAAGGAUGAAUCCACCGGCAAAGACGAGGAUUGGAUUCAUGAUAAGAUGGUGCUGAGCCCAGCGGAGUCUAAGAGGCAGGAGAUGUUGGAGGCACAUGAAGCUGAUGUUCAAUUCCUGCAGGAACACAGCGUCAUGGAUUACUCGCUUCUGGUGGGCAUCCACCAUGUCGAGCGAGGCAAAGGUGGGCAAUUGGGCACCACUGGCACAGUGUCGGCAUGUGGCACCAAGAUCUACUUUGUAGGUCUCAUCGACUUCCUUAUCAACUUCGGGCUGCGGAAGCAAGCCGAGCAUCUGCUACGGGCCGCACAAGGGCAUGGUGAAUCCACAUCCUGUGUGCACCCAUCAGACUAUGCCGCACGACAAGCUCGAUUCCUGCGAGAGAGUGUCUUUCUCAAGCCAGAUGCCGACAGAGGGACUGCUGGUGCCUUGAGGGUCCAUGUCGUCUCUGCUCGGCACCUGCGAAAUGCGGACAUUAUGAGUAAGUCGGAUCCGUACGUUUCGGUCCAUGUGGGCUUGCAGAAGGCGACCACGCCGACCAUACAAGACAAUCUGAACCCAAACUGGAACUGCACAUUGAUGUUGCCUGUGAAUACUAUCCAUCUGGCGCAUGAGAUCCUCUUCAAGGUCUGGGAUGAAGAUCACAUCCGAGCUGCCCAGGGCAGCGACGACUGCUUCUUACCUGUCCAUUGGGUAAUCCGGGGAUAUUCAAGGGGAUAUAGGUUUAGGGCUUAA